AUGGAGACUACCAAACAUGUAUCACGGAAAGAAUUAUUCGACUCUGAUGAUGCUCAGGAAUCCCAACCACCCAGCAGCCAUGACGGAUUGAUUCCCGAACUAGAAUUUGUCUCUGUGGAACCAUCAGCAGAUACGGAUAAUAAGGAGUCUUUUCAAGAUGAAUACGACUUCCCAUUGUUUUCCUUUGGCAUAGCCGAAAGCAAGGUCAAGUCGACAGAAGUUGACGUCAAAAUUAGAGACAACGAUAGCGACAAUAGAGGCCGCAGCUCUUCGAGGCUGAUGAAGGUCUCAUUGAGAGAACCAUCGCCCGAUAUAGUUCGACAGGAAAGACCCCAGAGCUAUUAUUUUGCUAAAUACACAACGCAGGAGCUUAUCAAGUUUGAAAGAAGUGCGCUCGAACUGAAGGAUAUCCUGGAAGAAUGUGGCUCUAGGUCCGCGCCAUUCAAGAAUCGUUUUCUAGACGUCAACAAGCAUAAUGAGAAAAUUGAACUCGAACGUCUGCGAGCGCUGAAAGCCAAACGCAGGAGACCAGGGAAAAAGCAGCGUGAAGCUAGAAAACUCGGUGCAGAACGAGAUCAGAGCCGCGCACAGCAACUCAAGGAGGUGAAGAAACUAGCAAAGAAAAAAUUCCACAAACGGGGCGGCAAGAAAAACAAGAAGUCAGCUGCACCGGAUGUAAAGCCAGCCCCACGCUUUCGCACAGAAUAA